UUCUUCAGGAAUCCUUAUGAAGAAAAAUAUAGAUUAAUUCGGAUUGGAAAUCCAGCAUUUUCUACGAGGCUGUUGCCUGUCAGAGGAGCAGUUGAAUGUCUAUUUGAGAUGGGGUUUCAGGAGGGAGAAACUCACCUGGUUUUCCCUAAGGAAGCUUCGAUUGAGCAGCUACGUAAAAUCAGAGACUUAAUUGCUGGAGAGAGGACUAGCAGACUGAAUGAGUCAAAUCAAAUCCACAGAUCAGGAUCCUCUGAAACUGUGGCCAGCACUCAGACAGAUGCACAUCAGCCUUCAAGACCUCUUGACUCUGUUCUUGCCCCUGCCCGUCAGCAACCAGAAACAUCACUUGUGCAAUCUCUUGAAAUGGCUGCAAAUAUCUUGAAAACACUUCAAACAAAAUUUGAGCAUCUUGUAUUGAUGUAUGAGAAUCCUUCUAUUCAGCAGAAAGCACUAGCUUCAAUUCCCCUCCAGCAAUUGAAAGGGAAGGCUCAGAAAAAGCUAGCACAAGCUACAAGACUGGACAAAGGUGCACAUGUGAGUGAAGAGGACUUCUUGUUGUUGGAGCUCUUGGACUGGUUUAAGAAUGACUUUUUUCACUGGGUAAAUAAUCUUCCUUGCAGCAGGUGUGGUGGGCAGACAGAGCCUAAAAGUGACUACCUGUUGCCUACUGAUGAUGAUCUAAGAUGGAAUGUCAGUCGAGUGGAAAAUCAUUACUGCAACCAGUGUCAGUUCUGUAAUAGAUUCCCAAGGUAUAACAACCCCGAAAAACUUCUGGAAACCAGAUGUGGACGCUGUGGCGAGUGGGCUAACUGUUUUACACUGUGUUGCAGAGCUGUAGGGUUUGAAGCUAGAUAUGUAUGGGACUGUACAGAUCAUGUGUGGACUGAAGUAUAUUCUUCAUCUCAGAAAAGAUGGCUUCACUGUGAUCCCUGUGAAAAUGUCUGUGAUAAACCUCUUCUCUAUGAAACUGGGUGGGGAAAGAAGCUCUCCUACAUAAUUGCAUUCUCCAAAGAUGAGGUUGUUGAUGUCACCUGGAGAUACAGCUGUAAGCAUGAAGAAGUACUCUCUAGAAGAACAGCACUCAGUGAAACUACACUACGUGAAACAAUUAACGCAUUAAAUAAAACGAGACAACGUCCUUUGUCAGAAAAUAGGAGGAGAGAGCUCUUGGAAAGAACAAUUGUGGAGCUUGUUGAAUUCAUUUCUCCUAAAACACCUAAACCCGGAGAAUAUGGUGGAAGGACAUCAGGUUCAAUGGCUUGGCGAAUAGCCAGAGGUGAAAUUGGUCCAGAGAAAAGAAAAGAAGUAAUUUUUAUUCCCUCUGAAAAAGAGAAGACAUCUAAAGUCUUCCACCUCAUCUACAAUAUAGUAGAAGAUAGUUAUACACGGAUUUCCAGUAAUAAUGAAAAAAUAAUUGGCUGGGAAACAGGUGUUUGGAAGGCAGAGUCCAUUUGGAGAAAGGUUGAAACAGAUUGGAAAAUGGUUUAUUUAGCCCGAAAAGAGGGGUCAUCGUCUGCUUCCAUCAGCUGGAAGUUUGAGUGCAAGUCAGUCGGUCUAAAAAUAGAUAACAUUUCAAUUAGGACAAGCAGUCAGACGUUUCAGAGUGGAAGAAUAAAGUGGAGACUUUGCUCUCCAACAGCAGAAAUUGCUCUGAUAGGAGAUAAAAAUCUUUGCUCCUAUUCAGAUUUUUCUGGUGCAACGGAAGUUGUGUUGGGAGCAGUUCUAAAUGGAGGAGAUGGUGAAGCUGCAUGGCAACAUACACAGCUGUUCAGAGACAGCUUAACAGGAUGUGGAGAAAAUUGCUUGGAGAUAAUUAUAAAACUCAGUGACCUCUGAGAACCUGAACUGAAGAGAUGUUCUUUGGAUUCCUUGAAGACUUUAUACCAUGGAUACAACAUGAAGAUUUGGUUGGCAGUUCCUGUUCAUCCUGCUGGCAGCUUAUUUCCUGUCUCACUGCUUCCAUUUAGCCAACUUGAAACUGCGCGUGUAUUGAAUAGGUAAACAUCACAAUGAAAACCUCUUUGCUUUAGAUACAAACACCAAAAUUAAGGGAUUGAAUCAUUAAAUAUUCUUUUCUUAAACUUUAUGAUGGAAAGGAAACAGUUUUUAGGAAGCAAAACAUGAUCAUAACAGCACAGAGCAAUUGUAACCGACUUUAAUUUGGAGUUUUGGGCUUGGCUUGCUGGGGUUUUUUUAUAAUCUACUCCUUGGAAAAACAGUUUGAAUUCCAUUUUCCUAUGACAACAGAUAUUUGUGAUGAUUUUUAAAUAUUUUGAAGAAUAAUCGAAGACACAGUCAUUUUAAGAGAAAACUAUGAUUUUAUGUAAUAACCAGAAGAGCUGAAAUUAAGAUAAAUACUGAAGCAAUCUUAAAAUGAUCUUGUUAGAUAUCUAAGUAUUAAACUUGCAUUUAAUACCUAGAAAUGUUUGGAAAUAUGAUGGUGUACUAGGAAAAUAAACUAAUUUUGAAAGAAAUGUUCAUUAUGUACCUAAAAUUGUCAUGGCCUGUGAUAUGAAAUCGAGACUUAAAACUGAGUAAGAACAUCAGAUUUUUUUCUAUGAAAAAAUAGAUUAUUCAUUAUAAGUACUUUUUAAUUAUAUAAAUUCAAAUUUUCCCACUUUUAAAAAGAUUUAUUAAGCGUGUAGGUUGAAAUUACUUUUUAAGCUAUUGUCUUCAGUUGCUUUGAAUGCUUUUUGCAAAUUUGAUGUAAAAGUACAUACAGCUUUUCUGUUCCUUAAUGCAACGUUCAAAUUUCUUUGCAUUGAGUAUAAUAAAAACUGCCACCCAGGAGAUGUCAGAUGUAGCAGUGCUGUGAAUAAAGUGAAUGUUCAGAUUAGGUAGUCUUUAUCAGAGAAUUUGAGGAGGGCUAUGGCUGGACUGUACAAGAAAUUUUCUAUUAUAGCACUAUAACGCAAAGUUCAAACUACAGUUUUAUUUUAAAAUAAGUGAAAAUUAGGGGUGAUGCUAUCACGAUCAGUGUUUUUAAAGCUUUUUGUUCCUUUUUUCUGACCCUUCCAACCACUUUAUUGAUUUGAAAUUAUUGUCAAAGAUAAUUUACAUUGAAAUAAAUGUUUGCUGACCUUUCAACAAAUCUAAGCGAAUAUAAGACUAUGCAGAUUUUAUUAGGAAACUGCGUAUGCAUAGUGAGUAUAGGCGUCAAAAUUAUACCACAGACAUCUUAAAAAGUAGUAGAUUAUGGCAGCUCAGGAGUGACAGAAUGAUGUAUGAUAGAUUACAUAUUUUGUUUCAGAAUGUAAAUUGACAGUUUAUGAGGGGGAUUAGAAAGAGAGUCUCACUCCCUUAAUACAGAACAACGUAGUGACAGGGAGCUGUAUGGAAGGGUGUUCGUCUACACUUGACUAAUGCAAAGUGAAUUUGCCAGUCUCCAUUCAAAACUCCUUCUGUAUUUAGUUUCAGCUAAAUGCUAGUUCUGAGAUUUUGAGUGGGAACCCAACAGAAAAGCAUUUUAGACUAAUCUGUAUAUUAUGUUGGAAGAAAAUGGGCAAAAAAAGACGACUUAGUGGCACCAAUCAACAAAAAUGUUUCCGCUUCGUGAUUUUGAUAGCUUAAAAAGGUACUGCUUUAAUCAGAAAUUAUUUUUGGCGUUGUAUUACUUAAAAUAGAGGGCUGUGAGGAAUUGCAGAACGGCUUAAUUGCAUUUGAUAAUUUGAAAGCAGAAGGCAGAAUAAAUUUAAAAGUAGUAGGAUAAAAGUAAUUUUCUCACAAUUUUGGUCAGAAUCUCUGGGGGAAGAGUAAUAGCUGCAGAUAACUUAAUAAAAUCAUACACUCAAACAGUAGAGUAGUUGAAGUCCAUUAUGAAAAUGUUUGAAUGAAUUAAAAAGAUGGAAAAAUGUCUCGCCAAUCUAAUUACUCAAGAAGUACCUCUGUAUUUGUAAGAUCACAUGCAAUGAAUAAAAGUGCUAAUUUUAGGAAAGAA